AUGACACCGUGCUCGCGGCAUCUGAGAGAAUGUGCUCGGUGGGGUCACCGCCAUGGAGCCAUGGGACUCCAGGAGUAUCAGCUCAAGGCUCUGCAGGCUCUCCGCCAGCGACCACAAGCGCGCCAGGGUCGCCGUGGGCACUUCCUUCAUCGGCGGAAGGACAGCAGCGGCGCGCGUUCGGCGGGACGACACAGCGAGAUCACGUGGAGGGGAGCGAGGACGCAGGGGUGCACACGCGGCCCAGGGAUCCCCACCACCCGCGCCCACGAAGCCAGCCCCUGCUGGCAGGGGACGACCAGGACGCACAAGGGAGCCCUCUGGGUUGUGCGGCAGGAGGGCAGCAAGAGGAACGACGGGGCCAGCCGGAGGCACGUUCGGACGGCGCUUGACGCGCCGUUCCGCCGCGACCAUAACCUCCCCGCUGCCCACGACGCCCACGCCCACUUGCAUUCGAGUGAGCGGGCGACUGCUGGCGAGAUGGGACGCGUUGGCGCUGGCGACCAGGUGAUCGGCCCCCGUGACGAGGAGAGUAGAGUCGCUGGCGCUUUGACGGCCGCGGCGAACGCGCAGACGGGGACCGAGGGCGAGAAGCGUGCGGAGCAGGCGAUCGAUAAUGUGUGGCUUGGCGACCGGGCGAGCGGUGACAACGCGACCGGCGGUCCGGAGAUCGGCUCCUCGAUGCCGCGCGGCGAGGUGAACGUGGUGAGUGCGGUGAUCGCGGCUUCCGAGGCAAUCGAGGCUCGGCGUGACGUUCCACACGGUGACUCUCCUGCCCGUCACCGCGCGCCACUGUCGAACGGCGACGAGGCGAACGUUCCCGGCGCAGGCGCUGGUCCGGGCCGCUGA